UUCUCUUUUCUUUUCAAGUCGAUCGGUUAUUAAUAUUUUUACAAUUGUGACAGUGUGACAGUGUGACAGUGCCACAACUAUAUUUACAGACUUAUUUCGUUUAUCUUUACUUAAGCCGGUGGACUAGAAAUAAAAUAAACACUCUAAAUAAAAAUCACGGACCUCUGCGGAAGUGUUGGGAAAUCCCUCAACACAGGUUUGCAUAGGAAGCAAUCUGCGAAUUGUUUGCGCUUCCGCGAAGGCGAAUAUUUACUAAACACAUGGUACACCCAGAAGUCCAGCGUUUCUUUCGUCGCCUUCAUGCAAAUAUCUGAUCAUAAAUCAAACAACAUGCAAGCGUAGUCGCACGAAAAACAUCCGCGGCCAGAUUGUUCUAUCGCAUUUUAGGGUUUAGAGUUUUAUUCUACUUUCGACUGACCUCCGCUUUUUACUAGAUUUAUCUUUUGUGAUCAUUUUUGAUGAUACAAGAUCGGCGAAAGUGUUUUUCAGAGUAUGUUGUGAGAGUAUAUCUGUCAAUAAAUAAUUUUAUCUAUAGAUUCCUUUCAAAGGGGUUAUAUCCUACAGUAUUCUAUAGAAUACGAUACUAUAUAUGAUAUAUUGCACUCAAGGGCGUAUUGCACAUAUGACAAGUAUGUCUUGCUUUCGGGCUAUUAUUCAAAACGAAGAAGAUGGUAAAAGAGAGAAAAGACCAUAUGUGUGUGAUAAAUUUCGACACUUUCACCUUUCUUGUUAAAAUUUAUUUUAUAUGUUUCUGUUUCUUAUUUCGGACUAUUAUUAACAAAGAAAGUUAGAUUUGAUUGUGCGUUUAAUAUAAAGAUAAAAAAUAAAAAAUAAAAAAUAUUUUUUUCACAAAAUAGAAAGAAAGUUGCUCGUUGCAUGCAUAACCAAGAACAUUUUUAUAUUUUCCACAAUCUUCAAUGCUAAGUGUGCAAUACGUGUAUUGUCAUUUUAUAUUCAAAUAUCCUGUGUAAUGCAUAUAAAAGUGCAUUCCUUUUUAAAAGUUUAUUAGUUUCUCGCUUCGUAUUAUAAAUAUGUUAUUUUCAUCUUUUCAUAUGCAUCAUACAUGAUAUCAAAACCUCCAAUCAAAACUUUCAUUUAUUUUAUAUACUUUCAAUAUAAAAAUCUCUUCUCAGCCGCAUAUUGUUGUAUACUUGACAUUGGACUCCAUGAAAAUCAUAGGAACAUUUUUGUUAAUGUGUGCAAUUCAAAUUUUUCCUGUCGCUGUUCUUUUGUAUUAGUAACAUCGAUCGUUUGAGAUUAAUAAUUUUCAACAAUUGCUUCCGUUAUAAAUUCCGUGCUGUUCACAAAAUUAUCAUCAUCUUUCGGUCUUCAACUCGUUCCCUCGAAAGCCGAGAAAACUUAUACACAUGAAUGUUUGCACGUGCGUGUACAUUGUCGAGCCCCUGGUCUGGCUGACCCACUGCGAAGGGUGGAGCUUAAAAUAAGGGUGGUACCUCUCUCAGCUUACCUAGUCCAUUGGGAGACAGCGUGGGUUUAGAUGAGCAACGAACAAAGCUAUAUAUGGGCUGUAGCUGAGAGAAGCAGCAAUAAUUUGCUUCAAAACAGUCAUGCAGUCUAGUCGAGAUUUUAAGGUGAGGAAUGCCAGUUCGUCUUUCUCGUCGACGUGUAGCAUCAUUCGGUUUAUCGAUUAUAAAUCCGAAACGAAUUUAUAUAUUAUAUUAUAUAUGUAUUGUAAAAUUUACAUAUCGUAAAAUAUAUGUAUAUAAAAUAUCGUAAAAUCUGUUUUCGCAAAAGUCUCUUUGUAGAAAUACCAGAUAUCGAUCGAUAUCAAUCACUAACACGUAUGCAAAUUGAUGCGCUGAGUAUCAAGAUCAGGUGAUGAAGUUACUAUAGCAGUUUCUUAAUAUACACGUGUUUAAAAUUGAUGAUUAAGUAGUUUUAACGUCGUUGGAAAUAUGUGCAAAAUAUUGUGAACAAUCUACAUAGUGUCGGCGUUCAGAUAGUCGCAAUAAGAAGAAUGUAUGCAGCAUGGCACCAAUGGAAAAUCACGGACGCGGAUCGACUAUCUCAAAAAGUGAUCCUCAUAUCAGAAACAAGCAAUGGAAUAAAGAAGGCAGCAGCCCUUCCUCAGAUACGUUGGAUCUGAGCUCGCAUCACCCGCACUAUCCUCAUCACGAUAAUAAUAAUUCGAUCAGUAGCCUCGCCGCAUCCGGACAUCCGCAGGAAAUCGUGAUGAAAGAGAAAAGCAAGAACGCUGCGCGAUCGCGCCGCGUUAAAGAAAAUCAGGAAUUUGUAGAGCUAGCGAAGCUACUGCCUCUUCCAGCCGCCAUAACGACACAAUUGGAUAAGGCCAGCAUCAUUAGACUCACCACCAGUUAUCUCAAAAUGAGAGCUGUUUUCCCUCAUGGUCUUGGAGACGAAUGGGGCGCUGCACCGCCGCCUAACAAUCCCUUGGAGGCAGCGAUUAAGGAACUGGGCUCUCAUCUUUUACAAACACUGGAUGGGUUUAUAUUCGUCGUGGCGCCUGACGGGAAAAUUAUGUACAUUAGCGAGACAGCUAGCGUGCAUUUAGGUUUGUCCCAGGUGGAAUUAACAGGGAAUAGUAUAUUCGAGUAUAUUUAUCCGGAUGAUCGCAACGAGAUGAUUUCCGUGCUGAAUCUUCCCCAAAGCCCCGCGGAUCUCGCGGGUUUUACAUUCCCGCCGCCGAAUUCGCGAGGAGAGAUCGAGCUGGAACGUGCCUUUCUUCUCAGAAUGAAAUGCAUUCUGGCGAAAAGAAACGCAGGUCUUGUCACGGAAGGAUACAAGGUUAUACAUUGUUCCGGUUAUUUAAAAUGCAUCGUGGAGCUACCCAUCGGGUCUGAAUACGAGGACGGUAUUAGUCGUUGCGUCCGUAAUGUCGGCCUAUUGGCGGUCGGCCAUUCAUUGCCGACGAGUUCCAUAACCGAAAUUAAAUUGCACCACAACAUGUUCAUGUUCCGGGCUUCACUCGACCUGAAGCUCAUAUUUCUCGAUGCACGGGUAGCCCAAUUAACAGGAUACGACCCGCCGGAUCUUAUCGAGAAGACGUUGUACCAUUAUGUACACGGUUGCGAUGUUCUGCAACUACGACAUGCUCAUCAUGUUUUAUUGCGCAAAGGUCAAGUCACCACAAGAUACUACAGAUUUCUGACCAAAACUGGUGGCUGGGUAUGGAUGCAGUCAUACGUGACCAUCGUGCAUAAUUCAAGAAGCUCGCGGCCGCACUGUAUCGUCUCUGUCAAUUAUGUGUUGACGGCAACCGAAAGUACCGGCCUUAUUCUGAAUUGUGAGCAAAAGUCGUCGUGCUCGAGUCCCGGAAAUCCGCCAAGCGCGCCCGUCUCAACACCUACGAUUGGCACGAAUGACUUGGACAAUCACAGUCCGAGUCCUCCUUACCGUGGUAGAACCAAGGAACCACCGGAUACCGAUUACGCCGACAGUUCUGGCUAUCCAAAUUCAGAAUAUAUGACAGGCUCGACGAAUCAUUACCUGUCAUCAUCGCCGUUCGCGUCGCACAGCAUCAACGGUGCGACUCACGAGGACAGCGCUUACUAUAGUCCGGAUUUGUUCUAUCAAUAUAAUGAUCUCCAUCAAGACCCCGUAAACACUCUGCAACACCAACAUGAGGCGCAUCAUCAGCAUCUUUUACACCACGCCACCUCUUUGACUAUCCAGCAACAGAGUCCGCAGAAUAAUCAGCAGAAACGACAGCACCCUCAGCAUCUGCUGCACCAAACAAACCCUUUGACGUCACUUGAACAGCAGCGACAACACAGCCCCCAGAGCGGCCAGCAGAAACGACCUUACUCAACAUCCUCAAGUUCCUGCGGCAGCACCGAUGGUCUGGACGUGCAUUUGACGAAUUCUUUGUUACCAUCCGGAUAUCAUUCGUCGCAUCACCAUCAUCACAUGCCGCCGGAUUCGACGUCAUCGACAACAUUAAACGAGGCAGGUGGUGUUAUCAUGUACCCAAACUGUGGUUUCAACAACAACGAAAGCUACAACGCUGCAACGCUUCAACAUCACGAAAGCUAUCAGCAAGGUCACUCUUGUGGUCAGCCUCACCAUAGCAAUGGCAAUGCAACGGUGAAACACCCUCAUCACCAUCACCUGGAGACUUCAUCGACCGGCUACACCAGCGUCAUCGUUGAUUCCCAACAGUACAGUCCUAGCACUGUUUCUCAGGAAUUACACGCGCAUCAAACGGUGUCAGUCAAUAGCGGCACUCCGCCAUUGCACCAUCAGCCUCAUUAUGAAACACAUCAUCAGUUUGUUCACUGACAUCAAUUCGAGGUGCCUUGCACGUAGCAUUUCGACGCCGCUUGCGACGACGGCGCGUGCGGGCAUCAUCAUCACCAUCGUCAUCAUCAUCAUCAUCAUCAACAACAACAGCGUCAUUGCGCAGAGACUGAAUGCAAUGGAGAGCAAUAUUCUGAUCAUCAGACGAAUAGCGAUUCUUACAAUACUUCGGGAUCUCACGUCACUUACGUCACGCCCUACAAACGACUCUGGAAGAUGGAGGAAAAAAACGUCUCAACCUUGAAAGGUAAUUCGUAAUCAAUGGCAAAAGAUAAGUAUCAUUAGAGAGAUGGCAAAUAUUGUUAUUAAUAAUCAAAUACUACAAAAAUAAAAAUAAGUUCUCAUCUUUUGAUAUUAAAUUUACUCCGGUACGCAGUUUUUAAAAGUUUAGCAUUAUUAUUCAUAAAUUUAGUUUUGCGGAGUAUUUAUAUAUACGGAAAUUAUCAACAAGAAAGUUUGAUAAGAAUGACAAGAUAUUAUUUGAAGAUAUUAUUUUUCAUUGCUGACAGAUGCUUCACAAAGUUCGUAGUGGAAAAAAGUUGCGACAAAACGGCCAAUUCUAUUUAUGGACUAAGCUUCAGGAAACAUGUAACCGAUCCUACUCAUAAUCCUACGCGGCAUAUGUUUUUCUUUUAUCCAUAAUAUCAUCUCGCAGUAAAAUAACGACUGAAAUGCCGAUCGAAAUAAUCUCUUUGAUUCCAAUAUUUUUUAUCAGCUGUGAUAAAUAAUGUUAAAAAUGCUAUUAGAUUAGAAACAUAAUGAUGAAUAUAACAUCUAUUAUCAUUUUUUUUUAAUAACUAAAUCUAAAGAUGACAAUUUGAAAAACUACGAAGGCUUGGUGGGAUCAAUAUGAUUGCAAUAUACGAUAAAUAACGAUAACGUAGAGUGCAACUGAUCCUAAUAUCAUUUUUCAAACAAUAAAUAAUGUAGUUUGGAUGAUCACAAUAUGGCUACCUCAAUGCCGUAAUCACUAUUAAACGCAUAUAUGCUAAUUGAAUGAUCGCGGUAUCAAAAAUUAGCGCAAAUGACACUCUGAUCGAUGAUGAUUUUACACGUCAUAAAAAAUAUUGCUAGUAAAGAAACUUGUAAAUUUCUAUAUACGUAUGUGUAUCACAUAUCUCGAGAUGUGACAGUAAUUAUUAGUUUGUGAUAUAUUAUAACUUAAAUGAAUACAACGAUGUAUGAUUUAAUGUAAAUAUUUUACUUAUUAUACAAGUUUUAUCGGUUUAAAAUAUCGCGGGUGACGUCUCCUUUUCAUUUUCAGCUCUGCGAUAUGGCCAACUUCUGUCUCGACAUUAUGAUCAAAUGACAACAUAUAAUAUACGUCAAUUUCUAACGCACGAGUCAGAAAUUGGCCAUAUCGCAGGGCCGAAAAUGAAAAGGUAGACAUUACCCGCGUAUUUCAAGGGUUCCUAAUUUGACGCUCUGAAAAUAAAGGCGAUUUUAGGGAAGCUUUUUAGAGAAAAGUAUAAAACAUAUUAAUUCUAAACUUUGCACGUUUAUUAAGUAACAUUUUAAAUAUAUCCUGAAUUUUUUUCAAACAAAAAUAUUUGUUUGUUUCGGAGUUAUAGUAGUCCAACCAGGAUGUCUAAAAAAAAAUGGCGAACAUGAUUCCAGCCAUUAUAGUCAUCUGAAAUAAAAAAACCAAAAAGAUUCUUAAUCUGUAUGAGUGUGGUUAUCGUGUGAACUAGAAUUAAAUCAAUAUUUGCAAAAUUCAAAUUUUGCGACUUAUAAAACUAAAUUUUUGGUGAAAAAUGAAAUUUUUUUUUGAGACGCUGCCAUUAUUUGUCAAUAUUUUUUUUUUAUCCUAAUUCACGCGAUAGCCACAUUCAGAUUAAGA